CUCGCUUGGUUGUAGAGUUUUUUGGCCAUGUUCGCCCCCCGGAUAUAAAGUAUUUAACUAUCUAUCUAUCUACUCCGUAGAUCCAUCCACAAAGCAACAAUGUAUGUACAUGUAUGUACUGUACAUACACACACAGUGGCCACAACCAGAGAUAGCGAGAUAUCUGGGGAGUUGCACAGAAUUGUCGUAAUGUAUGUACAUGUACAUACAUCCCCCGUCAACCAGCGUCGGACGGAACAACGUCUAUCCUAAGCUGGAUGAUCUGGAGAGACCGAAAGAGUCCACUCUACCUUGCCUCUGCCUCUGCCUCUAUCUAUCUCUCUCUCUCUCUCUCUCUCUCUCUCUCUGUUUCUUUUCUAUCUCCCGCCCAUCAUCAAAGGGUGCCAUUCCAUCGCCAGCGUCCUCGCAUCGGGUCGGGUCUGCUCGUCUCUGCUCGCCUCUGCUCUUCUCUUGGCCCCCGUCCCGUCUGCCUCCCUCCCCUGUCCUCAGCCCGGGCGAGGAGACGUUCUCUCCGGACCACCAACCACUGCCACCGCUGCCACCGCUGCCACCACCACUACCACCACUACCAUACCACCCACCACCAGGACCGACGACCACCUCCUCCACCACAACCACAACCACAACCACA